GGCGCGCGCGGCGGCGCGGGCGCGUGGCCGAGCGGCAUGGCGUGGCCCUGCAUCAGCCGGCUGUGCUGCCUGGCCCGGCGCUGGAACCAGCUGGACCGCUCGGACGUAGCGGUGCCGCUGACUCUGCACGGCUACUCGGACCCCGGGAGCGAGGGGCCGGGCGCCGACUGCACCGCGUCGCGCGGGAGCCCGGCUGUCGCCGGCGCGCGGGAGCCCAGCCGCGCCGUGCCGCUCACCCAGUACCAGCGCGACUUCGGCGUGCGGACCGCGCGCGCGGGGACCCGGGAUGCGGCGCCGGAGCGCGUGCCCGGGCCGGGCGGCCGCAGGGGCCAGGCUUCGGCGCCCCCCGCCCGGCAGGUCUACGUGCUGCCCGUCGGGGACGCGGACGCAGCUGCGGUAGCGACCACGUCUUAUAGGCAGGAAUUCCAAGCGUGGACUGGAGUGAAGCCCUCAAGAUCCACAAAGGCAAGAUCUGCCAGAGUCAUCACAACUCAGAGCUCUGGGUGGGAUCCCAGCCCUGGGGCCGGCUUCCAGGUUCCAGAGGUGAGGAAAUUCACACCCAAUCCCUCAGCCAUCUUUCAGACAUCAGCUCCCCGGACUCUCAAUGUGUGACCAGUGGAGACCAGUGGAGAUCGUGGCUGCUGGGAAAGCUGAUGGACACCUCCAGACCUCCCCAAAGGGGGCCCGACUUGGUCCUUUGCUGACUGGAGCCAGGGCUGCCGGCCCUGGCUGUGGUGUGGAGUGGAGGCAGGCGGGUAGACCACCACCAGCUGCACUCAGCCUCUUCCACCCUCCUCCUCAACGGGGAAGGAGACUUGAACGUUUAAAUUGCCAUUUGGCACCCUUCAAUUUUUAAAUCUGAGGAUCAAUUCAGCUGUGACCUAAACUGCUCCAGACUGAGAAAUCUAUCAAGUCCUUGACAGACCAGCUACCCACUUUGGAUGGUUUCCCCAGAUGCAUGUUAAUUCUAUUUGAUAACCUAUGGUAGGCCCAGGUAGUUUUCUCAUCUCUUUCUGCAGUGGCCCACAUGCUUACAUCAAGAAAUCUUAUCCAGGCAGUGGUGGGCACAUACCUUUAACCCCAGUGGGUGCAGAGGCAGGCAGAUCUCUGUGAUCUUGAGGCCAAUAUGGUCUAGAGUUAGUUCCAUGACAGCCAGGGCUACACAGAGAAAACCUGUCUCAACACAUACACACACACACACACACACACACACACAUACACACCCCUUAGGUUGUCAGAACUGAUGCCUUCAAUGCCAGCACUUUAGAGGCAGAGGCAGGAAGAUCUCUAUGUCUAUGAGCUCAAUGCCAGCCUGGUGUACAUAGUAAGUUCCAGGACAGCCUGGUCUACAUAGAGGGACCCUGUUUCAAAACAAUAACAAAACCUUAAGUUUAAAUAUAUAUAAAACCACCUGCAUAUGACUCUCACGGUGGUGCUAUUUAUCCAAGUAGAAAUCCCAUAUAUAUGUGGAAUACACACACACACACACCAGUGGUGAUAUCUAUCCAGGGAGAUCAUCCACAUGUUUUCAAUUUCAAACGUAAUUUCUUUAUAGCCAGGAUGAUCAUGUUUCAGGGAAACAAUUCCCACAGGAUGAGUGACAUGUUGACAGCAUGAAUGGCAUUCACCCCAUGUUUCUAGAGGCUGAGCCCUGUCCUAAUUUCUGUUGUCUCCCCUCAACACAAGGACUAGAAGGGACUACCAUGCACACCCAUGAGGUGCUGGGUGCAUGUCUGGAGAGCAUCCCCUACAGGGACCUUUAGCUCCGGCCUGCUGGCUUCCCAACUCUGGUUAGGUACUCACUACCCCGCUGUGGGGAAAACUCGCUCCAUCUUUGGAGAACUUGUUCUCAUGGGUCGCAGCCAGGAUGGCUGUGUAGAACAAGCCCAUUCCCUUUGCACAUCCACCUCUCAAACACUAGAAAGGACUAUGUCUAAGAAGCUUGGUACUGUUCGGUAAGAACUGUAAGGGUUCCCUUCAAAGCCAAGGCAGGGGAGGCAGCUCAGGCCUCCCACACAGCAUCCCCUCAGAGGUGCUAGCAGGCCCAGCCUCCCCCUUGCUGGCCGAGGAAAUGCUGUUGAGUCAUUCUGAAGGGAAAACUGGAACCAUGUGCAUAUACCAAGGGUCCUGUUACUCUAGAUUUGCCAGUGUGCAUGCUCAGUGUUCCUAAGAGGGAAGAGACUGCCUGCUGGGCACCUAAAUGUAGGCAGUGAGCAGAUUAACAAUUUACUAAAAUGCAAAAAUGUGCUGGGCAACUUAAGUUAUAAACUCAAGUACCUUCUCAUUCA